CGCAGUAAGGAGCAUGCUAGCACGCUGACUUACCCCUUGUUCCAGAAGAGCCCGCAGUGUUAUGAUCAUUGUGCUGGAUGGACCACCCCGACCGGGAACAGGCUCGCCUUCCCGAGCUUCUUGCUCCUUUCCGGGCGUGAGCGCAGCACACCUCCGUAGCCGUGGACGGAUUAGUGGAAUCGGCGUGGCUGAUCUCUCGCCUCCCGCUAUUGGGUGCUUGUGACUUGUCACUGUCAAGCCGCUGGGAUGAUCCAAUUAUGUGUUUAGCGGCGAGGUGCUAAGAAUAGAGCAAAUUACAACAAGAGGGGGGUGAAAAAAGUUUGUCAAAUGAACGCUGCCAACCUGCACAUCCACGCCGAAUACGAGCUGCUCUUCCCGGGGAGACGUCGAAGCAGCGAUGCGAUGAUCGGGAUGAUUCUUAUGGAAGACAACACGCAAUGACGGGACUCGGUACAUAUGUGACCAGGUGAAUGCUUGGAAUGUGUACAGAAUGAGCAGCACAUUCGUCACGUUAGCAGAAGUGCUGGAGGCCCGAGGGGGGCCUCUGCUGGAAGAGGAGGUGUGGUCCCUGCUGCUGGCUGCUGCAGAGUGUUUAGCGGAUGCGUCCGAUAGAGGUCAGAGGAAUAUGUGCAAUAUCAUAAGCCCCGCCUCCUUGCUGCUAUCCGCUCCGGGUACCUUAGCAUUUAAGAACUGUGGCCUGUCGGAGGAGGCUUCGACCUUCACGGCUCCAGAGAUGCUGCAGGGCCGCGCCAGCCCCACUAAAGCUGCCGUGGAGAGGAUGCUGGUGUAUUCACUGGGUAUGACUCUCUACUGGUCAGUGGAUUUUCACCUACCUCCAAAUCAGCCGGUCCAGUUGAGCGACCAUCUCAACGGCCUCCUGCUCAGCAUGUGCGAGGACAUGUCCCACCGCCGGCUGAGUCUCGCCUCCAUCCUGGAAGCCUGCGAGUCUCGACAGAAAGCCUCCAACCCCCCGUCCUCCGCCGAGGUUAUCAGACAACUGGUAGAGGAGGUCUUCAGCGGAUCGAUGGACCCCGACGGCGGCGUGCCUCUGAGUGGGCGGAGCCAGAUGAUCAGAGAAAGGCUUCAUGGAACAGGAAGACGAGGGCCGUUUGCAGACUUCACUGAAGCUUGUUCGGACAGGAGAAGAUACUCUACGGACUCUGACUCCAAGUCAGGUAGUUUACCUCAGAGAUCCUGGCGACACAGACCAAGAAGCUCACCGACACCUUUGUAUCAGUCGUCUUUAGAAAGGCUCCCCCGGGGGGCUCGUCACAGGGACAGCACCUGCAGUUGGCUGGGUCGGAGCCCCCACCACGACGUGUCUCCGAAGGCGGCGGGCAGGUCUCACAGUCCUUCCAUCACCUUCAGCGAGUCCUCCAUCAGCCUGAGCCAGAGGAAAGCUAAGGCUUUGGGCCCAGAGUUUAUCCGCAUGGCUGACGAACAGCAAAUUGUUCUGGAGCUCCCAGGAUCUAUUGUGUCCAGAAAGGGGCGCUUGUGCUCAUCUCAGAGAGAAGUGACAGUGGUGCUGCCGAGUGGGCAGUACGUGGUGGUUCGCUGUGACGUGAAAUCUCAAGCUAGAGACGUGUUUGACAUGGUGGUGGCUCAUGCUAACCUCGUGGAGCACUUCUACUUCGGUCUUGCCUUCCUGGAUGAUGAUGAAUAUUUUUUUCUGGACCACGAAACCAAAAUCUCCAAAGUUGCGCCCGACAGUUGGAAGAAAGGGCAGAUACUUUCUUUUCUGGUGUUUCUUCGAGUCAAGUUUUUUGUCGACGACAUCGCCUUCAUUUUGCACAGACUGACUCGCCACCAGUACUACUUACAAAUGCGCAAGGAUAUCCUGGAGGACCGGAUUUACUGCAACGAGGAGACGGGUUUGUUUCUGGCUGCUCUCGCUCUGCAGGCUGAAUUUGGGGAUUACAUGCCAGAGUUGUACGGGAAGAGCUACUACCAGCCGGAGCAUUAUGUAUCGAAGAGGAUGCUCGAGAAGCUGGCUUUGCCCAACGUGAAGGAAGAGCUGCCGAGGCUGCAUGCCAGUCACGCUCCCAUGGCGCCUGAAGAGGCGGAAACAGAGUAUCUGAAGAUUGCUCAGCAACUACCAGAGUACGGAGUUAUGUUCCACCGUGUGGGAAGAGAAAAAAGGCCUGUGAUCGGAGAAUUGGUUUUGGGAAUCUGUGCCAAAGGAAUCAUUGUGUACGAGAUGAAGAACCAGGUCCGGACUGUCACCAGACGCUUCCUCUGGAGGGAAACAGACUCAAUUUCCACUGGGAGACGUAAGCUCAUCAUCGAAUGUGGUGGACCGAGCGGUAAAAAGCACAGUUUUAUAACGGAGAGCUCCAAAAUCGCACAAUACCUCCUCAACCUCUGCUCCGCACAGCACAAGUUCCACAGCGAGAUGACGUCACGACAACUGAACCACAGCAUGAUGCCAGAUGAAAACAUGUCCAUGUAUCCUGGAUGUAACCUGAACCUGAAGAGGAUCUCGUGCUCUGAAGGCAUGCUGAACCAUGUAGGUUUAGCACCGGGUCAAGCGAAUUCGCUGUCCAAAUCCUGCGAGGAUCUGACUGCUAAGCUGGAGGCUCGACUCCGGCAGCAGAGAGAAAUGAGGCGGAAUAUGAGGGAGAUGAACAAGGAAGGGGUGGGAGAACUCAGGGAUUUGAAGGAGCGUCCCUACUGGAGCACGCCUGAGUCCAUUCCCAGGAUGAUGUCCAGUGUCUCGCUGCAGAAACAAGACUCAGAAGCUUUUUCUUCCAUACGAGUCGACACGCCGACCAGGUCUCCCCCAGAGCGAGAAAUCAUCUGCGUGACCCUCAAGAAAGAUCCCAAACUCGGCUUUGGCUUUGUGAUCGUAGGCGAGGACAAUACGGCUAAACUCGACCUUGGGAUCUUCAUCGCUUCCAUUGUUCCCGACGGACCCGCGGACAAGGAUGGACGCAUCAAAGCGGGCGGACGUCUCAUCUCCUUGAAUAAGACCAGUUUAGAGGGCGUGACCUUCAGCGAUGCUGCGGCCAUCUUACAGAGCAGCCCUGAAGAAGUGGAGCUGAUUGUGUCCCAGCCCAAACAGAAUCUCGAAGAUAGUAAGAACUCCUUGUGCCAAAGUACGCUGGGCUUGGCUUUGGAGAGGAACUUUGGCUCUCAGACCACCCUGAGUGGCACGGAGUAUCGACACGCCAUGGAGGAACUGGAGGAGGCCAUCAACCUGUCCAGCAUGGCGACCCCCAAGCAGAACCGGAAACUUCACAUCCCGGUGGUGCGGAUACAUGACGCACAGGACAUGUGCUCCAGAUCGCCAUCCAUCUUAAGUCUGAAGGCGGGAGAGAAGUUUAUAGUUGAGCUAAAGAAGAAGGCUGGGAGUCUAGGCAUCAGCGUUGCUGGAGGAAUAAACACAAACGUGAGAUAUGGAGGCAUCUAUAUCAAAAGUCUGGUGGUUGGCGGUGCUGCAGACCAGGAUGGACGCAUUCAAAUUGGUGACAGACUGCUGGAGGUUGACGGCUCCAACCUGAGGGCUGUGACUCACCAACAAGCUGUGGAAUGCCUCAAGCGGACUGAGGAGGUGGUGAACCUGCUGCUGGAAAGAGAACCAACAGUCAUCUUGGAGCCCAGGACCGACCACCCCCUCCCAACCUCCAUCCACAGUACAUCACACACACAGCCCCCCAGGACAGAGGUCUCCUUGGAAACAACCUUGAGUGGCCGAGUCAAGGACUACAGCUUUGUGACUGAUGAAAACACACAUGAAGUCAUACUGAAGAAAAGUUUAUCGGGGCUAGGCUUCAGUUUCAACAUUUCCCAGCUGCAAUCGGGGCCCGAUCGAGGCAGCGUCGUCCGCAUCAAGCGCCUGUUCGAGGGUCAGCCGGCCAUGGAGAGUGGUCUACUACGAGAAGGGGACGUUAUUCUGUCUGUAAACAAAGAGUGUCUCAAGGACCUUUCCUACCAGAGGGUUUUGUUCCUGCUUCGUGGUGCCCCUUCUGAGGUUCACCUCUUGAUCUGUCGACCCGGUCCAGGACUGUUGUAUGAUGCGGAUGACAACACACUGAGUCCUGCACCCGCCAGGCAGGCUCGAUCCCGCUCUCUGGACAUCCGACUCGGGGACGACUACAGCCAGCUUCUUAAGUUUCAAUUUGACAUCAAUAUGGCUGCUCAGAAGCGGGCCUCCACACUCAAGGAAAAGAAAUGGCAAGAUCCUCCAGCAGCUUCACCGUUCUUUGAAGGCCAAGAGAGGGAAGUCCAAGGAGAACAGAGUCCUCCAUCUUCACCACCACCCGUACCCGCUUCCCCAACACCACCAAUUUCGCCAGUCUCACCCGCAUCACCGACUUCACCCGUCCUGCCUGAAGUCUGCUUUCGACCGGCUCAACAAGAGUUGGCGCAGACUGCCAAGAAACCAGAAGAAGAACAGGAAGUGGAAACAAAGAAGUCAAGCCAGGACGGAGAGGUGGCUGUUGCGGCAAGUUCAGCGGCCAUAUUUGCUUCGAACUCCAUGUAUGCCAGUGGUGUUCGAGAAGAAGCAGACGGAAGUGUGACCUACUGCCUGGUGGGAAACGGACUGACCAUCAUGACAGAUGAGGAGUAUUUGACCAUCAGUUCCACCCUGGAACCGCAACAGAGUUUUCAGUCCAAUCAAGCCACGCAAACACCGAUAUCUAACCUCAACUCUCAGACCCCGACCACUUCUUCUAGUUUCUCUCAGACCUCCAACAUAUCAAGUAGUUUUUCACAGACUCCUAACACAGUAUCCGGUCUCACUCAGACCUCCAAUAUACUGUCAAAUUUCUCUCAGACCUCAAAUACGUUGUCGAGCCCCAGCUGUCAGAAGCCAGCGACUACCAUGUCACUGCUGAACCUCUCGUCUGACACCCUGACCACUUGUGCCUUAGCGCACCCGUCUCAGCCGCUCACAACUCAGCCGUCCAAGGCCAAGCUCCAUCACCCGCUCCUUCCGCCACAGCAGUGCAGAUCCCUUCCCAAAAACAUCCAGCCACUCUCUCAAAAUCUAAUUCCUCCAGGGAACCCCAUCACAACCCAGAUCAUUUCCUCAACGCCUCCAUGCAUCAGCGCACCCGCUUCCACCGUCGCACCACCUGCACAGAGCCACGCACAGCGGAGAGAAGAGCUCGAGAAGAAAGAAAGGGAACGUAAGGAGGAGGAGGAGGAGGAGGACGAGGAUGAAGAAGAGAGUCGAAGGAGGGGGUCCGUGAAAGAAUUUGAGUUGACGGUCCUUCUCACCAAGUCCAGGAGUGGAAGUUUUGGGUUCACCAUCACCCGAAGCAAACUGGACAACUGCUACUACAUACAGGAAAUACUGGACAACCCUGCAAAAGCAGACGGACGCCUCAGAGCAGGAGAUCGGCUAAUUACGGUAAAUGGGCAUGAUGUUACCAGUGUGGCAGACGAAGUUGCCAUGACGAUUCUCAGGUCCUCUCCCAGGAGACUCAGUAUGACGCUGGGGAGGGCCGUUACCAACCUGGUGGCGCCACCUUCCUGUGACAGCCUGCCUGAUAUUGUCCUCUAUAAGACGCCUUCAGGACAGUUAGGUAUCAAACUGACUGGCGGCAUUGGCAGCAAAUGGCAGGGCAUUUACUGUUUAGAGGUGGUACCCGGCUCUCCAGCCAGCGAGGAGGGCAGCGUCCAACCCAAUGACAAGAUCCUCUACAUCUGCGGAAGAUGCACUCUGGGGAUGACCUUGGAGGACGCCGUCAAAGCUUGCGAGAUAGCCUCGCGUAAAGUCAAGCUCAAAAUCCUGAGAGAUGACCAGCCGGUGACCCCCAAGGCCAAAUGGAACGGUCUGUUUGACUGGAAAAAGGACAAGAAGUUUUUUGCUCGCUUUGAAGAACCGGUCUCGCCAGACAAAGAAUCACCUCCUGAAGAUGUUGAAAUUGUUUUUAGAACUGCUGACAACUCCAGCCGCCUGUCUGUGGCUGAACACCAAGAUAGUUGCAUCAUGCAAGUGGAGUUCAGCAAACCAGAAGGAGGAGGUCUUGGCUUUGCUUUGAUUGGAGGGACCAAUGGUAGCAUGCUCAGGGUGAAGGAAAUCUGCUCUGGUGGCGUAGCUGAGCAAGAUGGCCGUCUAAGAGUGGGAGAUAUUCUAUUAGAGGUGAACGGCGUCAUUGUGUCUGGACUGAGCCACAGCAAAGUGGUGGAUAUUCUCCGUAAAGCUGAGGGCACGGUGCAGCUCACUAUUUGCAGAGACAUCCUGCCGCUGACGUAUUCCCAAUCCCCGGCACUGCCCAACAUGGCCGCAGACACCGACGCCAUCAUGGCGGAGCAGCCGGCUAUGGUGACCACCUCUGAUGCUUCCACUUCACCUGACGCCACGCUCAAUAAGCCAGUGGAGCGCCCCCCUGAGGCGACUGCCGAGUGCGUGUUCCACGAAUCUGGAAUUUUAGUCACCACGCCACCGCCGCCUCCGCGACAACUGACGGUGGUGACGGAUGAAAGUGCACUCCAUCAGGAGAGCUGUGACAGCACUCCCGCUCAUCAGGCUUGCUGCCCAUCGCUGAACGUCACUGAAAUGUUGCACGGAGCUUCUGACAGGAAACAAAUAGUGACUAAACUGUUGGACCGGUCCUGCAAAGGCACGCGGAAACCCCAAUCAGACGGUUGGAGCAGCGAAGAAGAAGAAGAAGAAGACGACGUGUUUGAUUCUGCCGCACACCAAACGACGUCCUCUCAGACAGGCCCUCCUAUCGUAUCUGAAGAAGAACUGUCCAGUUUGGUCCUCAUGAGUCCAUCUAGAAGCAGCCAGUAUUCAGGCUCCAGGGUCAAAGCCCUCAUCCAGAUUCUACAGCAUCAACUCGACCAGCAGGAAUUGAUCAAAGAAUUUAUGGCUCUGGAGCACCUGAAACCUUCUGAUGACUGCCUGGUUGGAAAAGCCCCUGAGAACAGAGACAAGAACCGUUACAGAGACAUCCUACCCUACGACAAAACCCGUGUCGGCCUUGGAGAGAGCGGCGACUACAUCAACGCCAGCUAUAUCCGUGUGCAAGUCGGAAGCGAGGAGGUCUCCUACAUCUCAUGCCAAGGCCCGCUGCCCUGCACAGUGUCAGCAUUCUGGCAAAUGAUAUGGGAAAACAAAUCAGACGUGAUUGCUAUGAUGACGCAGGAAGUAGAAAGGGGAAGGGUCAAAUGUCACAAGUACUGGCCAGAGAAGACGAAGGAACCCCUGGACACGGGUAAGUAUCACAUCCACCUGGAGAACCAGCAGUACUUGGAAUAUUUCCACAUCAAGAUCAUCCGUAUGGUGGAGAAAGAGACAGCCGAGACCCACGCCGUUCAUCACCUGAAGUUCACGCACUGGCCCGAUCACGGCGUUCCGCACUACUCUGAGCAGCUGGUGCGCUUCAUCUGCUACCUGCGCUCUGUGCACUGCCGGGGACCCGUCACAGUGCACUGCAGUGCCGGCAUCGGACGCUCGGGGGUACUCAUCUGCACUGACGUUAUCCUCAACCUCAUCCAGAGGGAUUUGCCUAUUAACGUCAGCGACAUCGUAAAGGAGAUGAGACUUCACCGGCACGGGAUGAUUCAGACCAAGGAACAGUACCUCUUCUGCUACAAAGUCUGGUUGGAGGUCUUACAGGGCAUUUUGCAGCUCCACGGCACCCAGUGGCAACCGGAAAGUCCGCAAGACCACAAAGUAGUUUAAAUGUUUGCGUUUGUGCGACGGCGAGCAAGCACACAAGGGCGACACUUUUCCUGCUGGACGUUUUUACAGCAUGUGUGGAAGAAUUAACAUACAUGUCCUUCCUGUGUUGUGUACUCUUCAAUUAUUGCAUUUUUCCAGGCUUCAAUGUUAUUCAUUCAUUCAUUCAUUCAUUUUCUACCGCUUUUCCUCACGAGGGUCGCGGGGGGUGCUGGAGCCUAUCCCAGCUGUUUUCGGGCGAGAGGCGGGGUACACCCUGGACUGGUGGCCAGCCAAUCACAGGGCACAUAUAGACAAACAACCAUUCACACUCACAUUCAUACCUAUGGACAAUUUGGAGUGGCUAAUUAACCUAGCAUGUUUUUUUUUGGAAUGUGGGAGGAAACCGGAGUACCCGGAGAAAACCCACGCAUGCAUGGGUAGAACAUGCAAACUCCACACAGAGAUGGCCGAGGGUGGGGAAAGACAAAAUAAGAAGCCAAAAAGUUACCACUUCCACACAAAAUAGGAGGAGAACUCAUUCAUUCAUUCAUUUUCUACCGCCUAUCCUCAGGAGGGUCGCGGGGGGUGCUGGAGCCUAUCCCAGCUGUUUUCGGGCGAGAGGCAGGGUACACCCUGGACUGGUGGCCAGCCAAUCACAGGGCACAUAUAGACAAACAACCAUUCACACUCACAUUCAUACCUAUGGACAAUUUGGAGUCGGCUAAUUAACCUAGCAUGUUUUUUUGGAAUGUGGGAGGAAACCGGAGUACCCAGAGAAAACCCACACAUGCACGGGGAGAACAUGCAAACUCCACACAGAGAUGGCCGAGGGUGGAAUUGAACCCUGGUCUCCUAGCUGUGAGGUCUGCGCACUAACCACUCGCCCGCCGUGUCAAUGUUAUUUCAUUUGUAAACUAACAUUAUUUAUCAUUAAUAAUAUUAAUAGUCCAUUCAUCUAAGAAGUGCACAAGGUUAGGAUCAUCUUACCAAAAUUUAUUAUCUGAUUUUCAUUUCAUGAAGUGCAUUGGAAAAACAGAACAUUAUCCGUAGCGUAAAUCACGGAAAGGAAUGAAAAGAAUCAAGUGCCUUGGAAUGACUCAUACGCUGCUUCCACCUUUGAGCUGCUCGUCACAAGCGGAUAAAAAUGAGCAAGCACCCGGUGCUUAUAUGACUGAUUUAAAAACAGCCCACCGGUGGAGUCGACAUUCAUGAGUUUAUACAUUUUCAAUUCAUUUUUUUUUUUGCUGAAAAGCUUCAGCGCUCCAUUGUCGCAAAGGCAAUAUAUUUGGGCUUUUUUUUUUUGCUUGAAUUUGUGAUAACUUUAUCGGGACUCACUGGCUAUUUUUAAUACAACGCAGAAGUAACACAGAUGAGGUUUACAUAAUGUACAGAGACUGACUGAUUUGUACCUCGACUUUUACGCUUGUAGCUUGCCAUCUCGACACUCAUCAGCCCCUUUUACACAGCCGGCAUUUUUGCUGCCUUUGCUGCUCUCUGGGGACGGACCUGGCAAUUUUUCCGACUUCCGAGGUAGUUUAAAAAAACGCGUGCUAGGGGAAAGUAAUUAACACUAUCUGACAGGUCGUUUAUAUGUCGAACAUAUAUGUGUGUGUGUAUAUAUAUAUAUAUAUAUAUAUAUAUGACACGUUUUCUCAACUUGCAGACAUCUUAAGAAAAUUCUCAUCUUUGGAAACAGUUUUUGGUGAAAUAUUGAUGGGCUAUAGAGAUGACAAAAAAAAAAGUUUGUUUUUCAAAAUUGAUCCUUUUUACAUUUGAAACUUAACUGAUAAAAAUAAAAUUGAUAAUCUUUUAAUUUGAAAAAAAAAGGGGCACUAAAAUCCGACAGGGUUUAAUUAAGUAGUUCUGAUAUGAAGCGUCAUGUAAAAUUAUUUGCGGUGGAAGUCAUUAUUUUAAGUUAAUUAUUAAUUAUGCAGUUUUGGUCUUGUGCGACUUAUACUCCGGAGCGACUUAUAGUCCAGAAAAUACGGUAUAUAUAUCUAUACCAUAUUGUCUGGACUAUAAAUUUCCCGCAAAAAAAUGCAACUUAUACUUCAGUGCGAUUUAUGUAUGUUUUUUUCUAGUUAAUUAUGCAUUUUUGGCCUUGUGCGACUUAUAGUCUGGAGCGGUUUAUAGUCCAGGAAAUAUGGUUUGUGUAUAUACAGUAAACCUCGGAUAUAUCGGAUUCAAUUGUUCCCACUGGUUUUGUCCGAUAUAAGCGAAAUCUGUUAUAUGCGUGUACCGGAAAAUGUCCGUUUUAUGCAUAUAUCGGAUUUAUAUCCGGUAUAUGCGUAAAUCGGAUUGUAUCCGUUAUAAAAAGGCACUUCCUUGACUAUGUUUCCAAUGUACCUGGACGUGCAGGCAACGCUGCAAACGCUGCAAAUGACGUCGUAUAGCAGCCUGUCACGAUUCGGCGAAUCGGAGCGCCACGAUGCGGCCAUCCGAUAUAUGCGAGGGAAAUUUAAUGGAAAUGCAUUGGAACGGGACUGGAGAUUUUGUCCGAAAUAGGCGAAAUCAGUUAUAAAAAAAACCGAUAUAUGCAAUGAAUUUUUAUUGGAAAUGCAUUACAGAAAAAUCGGUUCUUUUUUAUCUGUCCGUUGUGAGCGAAUUUCCGAUAUAUCCGAGUCCGAUAUAUCCGAGGUUAACUGUACAAAUGCGACUUAUAAUCCAGUGCGACUCAUGUAUGUUUUUUUCGAGUUAAUUAUGCAUUUUUGGCCUUGUGCGACUUAUACUCCGGAGCCACUUAUAGUCCAGAAAAUACGGUAUAUAUAUCUAUACCAUAUUGUCUGGACUAUAAAUUUCCCGCAAAAAAAUGCAACUUAUACUCCAGUGUGACUUAUGUAUGGUUUUUUUUUCUAGUUAAUGAUGCAUUUUUGGCCUUGUGGAACUUAUACUCCGGAGCGACUUAUAGUCACAAAAGUUUUUUUUUUUUGCAAAAAAAUGCAACUUAUAUUCCAGUGCGACUUAUGUUUUUUUUUUUUUUCUUUUUCUAGUUAAUGAUGCAUUUUUGGCCUUGUGCUACUUAUACACAACUAUAAGUCGCAUUUUUUUGCGGGUAAUUUAUUUUACAAUCUACUUGACCAAAACAGACAUUACGUCGUCUUGGAAGACAAGUUCUAACAAUAAAAGAAUAGAGAACAGGUUGAAUAGGUGUAAGAUAUGCUAACACAAUGCUUAUUCAGCUAACAAAAAAAAAAACAAACAGAAAAGGUGUCCAGUGUUUAUGUAACAUAAACAGUUUUUUCAUUUAUAAGUCGCUCUGGAGUAUAAGUCGCAGGAAUAGCCAACCUAUGAAAAAAGGUAUGACUUAUCGUCCGAUAUACGUAUAUUUAUAUAUAUAUUUAUAUAGCUAAUUUUCCGAUUAUGUCUGAAAAAAACAUCCUGUGAAAACGGCACAGGUGGAUAAAUGCCAGAUCUACUGCAAGAUCCAUGUGUGAAAGGGGCUAUGCACACACACACCAGCUCCUGUACCGCAUGCACACUGUCCAAGGAGUUGACUUGAACAUGAUGUGGAAUGUAACAAAGCAAAGCAAUAGCGGGGUGGGGGCGGGGCGGGGAGGGGAGGGGCGGUCUAUACCAAUGUCUUCCUCUUGUGCCAGAGCGAGCGACGUCACUUUGGAAUGCUUUUCGCUCAACAUGUGUUCUCCCUUGUUAGGACGUGAGAAAGCACAAUGGCGGUUUGAUUGUGCGACUGCGGAGAAGGUACUUGAGCCACAGCAUCGUGAAAUGUAAUAAUUCUAUAAUUGCACUGCUGCAUAUCUACGCUAGAAAUGCAUAUCUUGUCACCGCACCAGCCACUAUGUAACCCCCCCCCCCCCUUGAGUGAAACCGCCUCUCUUAUUAAAAACUAUUCUCAGACGUGCUGGUGUGUUUUUUUUUGCAGACCCCGACACUCCAAAACCCCGACACCCCGACGCGCCGUAACUCAACUUGAACAACAGCACAAGCGUUGGGGUUCAGGGAGGAGGAAGGCGGCCUUAAAUCUAAUUCCACUGAGCACCUCUCCACUU